UCACUUUGGCUCAUAUAUACUCAGAGAAUGGAGCCAACUGCAAUUCACAUCCAACCAGGAAGCUGCAAGUGUGUUGUAAGAGCUGCAAGUGAAGAAGGACACGAGAGAAGACAACGAGUCAGCAGAAGCAUCAUUUCUGCAAACUCCUCUUCAACACGCUGGUCCUUCACCUCAUGGACUAGACUCAUCCUCAGGCCAUCCUUCAGUGCUGGAAUUCCUUUUUGUUUGGCUCUUUUCAUUUUUCCCAUCAAGAUGCGAGCACAUCUGGCAUGCUUGCUUCUCCUCUGUUUCACGUGUGGUGCACUUUGCUCAGGUAUUGAGCAGGAUCAGCGAGCGCUAGUGGAGGACCUCCUCACCAGCCUUUUCACUUCUAAGAUCAAACACGAUAGGCAGAGUGCCCCCUACUGGCACGUGUCGCUGGCCAGCUUGUGUCGGUUGGUGGGCGGCCUUCGGCAGCCUUGGCUAUGGAGCGGUGAGGAGGAGGAGGGGGAGGUGGCUGAGCUGAGGGAGGGGAGCAUCCAGCUGUUGGAGGAGCUCUACAGCCUCCAACACAUCUGCCGAGCACUACAGAGCAGAGAGAAGCUGCUCCAAGACUCUCUGGAAUAUUCGGAGAACAGUGACGCCCCUCUGAAACGGAAAUCUCCCUACAUACUGAAGAGGCAAGUUGGGCACAACGCCAAGUCACGGAGGCCGUACAUCUUAAAACGAAGUACAGUUUACUGACAGCCGAGCCUGGGAUGAGAGGACGCUUAGAGGACCUGAUCACAUGCUCUCUGUGAUGAUGUGUGUUGUUGUCUUCUUGGCUCGUUCUUUGCUGCUCCAUUUUCAUCCUGUCACAUUCUUUGGUUGUUCUUUCCAGCAUCAAGGCUUGUUUUCAUCCCACAGCUGAGAAUAAGACCCUGAGCAUCAUGCAGGCCGCGUUCCCCUGAGAAACUGUAUUUAUUUCUUCUGUUUCAGGAUAUUAUUAAAGAAUUCCUAAUCUAAAGCUGGUGUUAUGCGACAGUUUGUCCUUUCCUGGAACUGCUCGUGUCAUGACCACCGGCAUGAGUUCAUGACUCAGUCACAGGUUCACCGGGCUGAUGAUCUACUGGGUGUACUGGAAGUCAAGUGGUGUUCAGGGACUCAGAUAACAUUGCAGGCUGGGCCGUAACACUUAGCACGUGGAUGUUUUUAGCAUUACUUUACCAUUCUAAUGCUGGUUCUGAGCCAUUGUUUUUGAAAAUCGUCUCAAACAUCAUUAAACUGAUGUAAAAUUCUUUGGGGCAGGGAUUUUUAAAUUGCGUUUUUCCAACAAAUUGUAAUGAUCUGAAGUUGUAUAUUUAUACACUGUAAUUAGAUCUAAGUAUUAUAAUCAGAAGUGGUUGUUUUUAUCAUCAGGGAGUUUACUUAAACACUCUGUAUUGACUGAGAGACAAGAAAAGAGAGAGUUGGGAUCGUUUAAGAAUCUUUAAUUUCUAUAAUUAUAAAUUCUUACAAUCUACCAGGACUAUCUCAAUGAUGAAUGCAUAUGGAUUUGGAUGUUUCGUGUGUGUGUGUGUGUGUGUGUGUGUGUGUGUGUGUGUGUGUUGUUCAGAAUCUCUAGGCUGACGUAGCGAAUCUGGUUGUUAUGACUAGGCUACCACGAGGCUUCAGAAGCUGAUGACAUGAGCCGCCAUUUUGCCGUAACUACGUACCCAGUGGAGCCUCCCGUGUAGAUCAGGAAAUGCCAGGUCCUCGGACCUUCAGAGGUACUGGAGCUGGUGAAACAGCGGUCACAGCACACAACGCCCGUCUGAAGGGUCGACUCAGGUAGCAUCGGCAGGCGUCAACAAGUUCACUCUUAUUUUGAAGGAACGUCGUCUAGUUGGUUCAAACGACGGAAAUCUCCAGCUCGACAGUUCAGCUCAAAGUAGGAAGUACAGCUGUAACUUCUUAAUGAUGACGAAGGAAAUCCUUAGGACCUCGGAUGUACUGGAGCUGAGGUUAACAUGGAACUGAACAUUAAAUGGCGUUGCCUUAUUUUAUAUCCCCUAACUGUUUACAAAUCUCAGUAAACCGGAUUGGACGACUUUCAUUAAACAACCCAGAUUCUGCCCUUCCACAGACGAAAGUUCUGAUUGGUUGAGAAUAAUGUGUCAUGCGUUUCCAUGGUAAUGUAGAUCAGUCUGUCUGGUGCAGUCCUGUUUAUUCAUUAAACACAUAACUCAUGACAUCUUUAUUUCACAGAUCAUUCACCUGAUUAUUAAUGAUCAACAUAUGCUUUGAUUAGCUUAUCACAAAUAAAGUACUUUGAUUAAUUAAGGGAAAGCGUUCUUCUUCUCUUCUUCUGUCUCUUCUCCUGGAAUGUAAACAUACUGAACCAAGCGUCCGACCUUGGCGAUGUUACUGUGUGAAGGGGCAGCUGUUAAGGGCAGACCAUUAUAAGCUUCAUAACGCUACAAAAUCAAACGUGCCUAAAGCUAAG